AUGAUGCCCUUCAGUGCCAUUCUCCUUGCUCUGCUGCCAUGCGCAAUGGGCGAAGGCCAAGCAGGGACCCUGUAUUGCUUUGCCUGCGUGACGCCAAACACCUACGAAGUGGGGAUGAUCGCGGCCAUGGCGAGGCUGGGUGUGGGCCUGUUCGAGUGCAACGGCUACGACAUCAUCAGCAAUACCACCGCCGACCAACUGUUCGUUAACUAUCCGGACGUUGCCGGGAUGCUCAAGGACAAGGUGCAUGUGAUAAAUAAGAAUCUCUAUGUUCCGAUGGUCAGGGGCCCCGCAGGGCACGACAGCUCAUCGCCCCAAACGGAUCCGAACUCGCCCUUGUACGAGGGAAAGAAAGCGAUUAUGAAGCACCUUGUCAACGCACCCGUGUUCAAGGAUGUGUGGCAGUCCAUCUUUGACAUUGGAGCUUUCGGGAAUUUCGACUACACGUGCAAGUUGGAUGUGGAUGCGGUUAUCGUUCCCAAGCGGCUAUCGGGAAUGUUGUCUGCCAGACCUGGUGAUGAAGAAGAAUACUUCUUGAACGCAUACCACGACAUGUACGGCAAUUUCCUCCAUGGGCCGGUGGAGCUGAUCUCCAAAAAGGGCAUGACGCUGGACGAUCAUUGA